UUUCUAUCUUCACCGCCCAGAUGUGGAACUGCGAGGGAGGAGGGGGUGGUGGUGGUGGUGGUGGUGGAGCUGGCGGCGCCGCCGGGGGUGGCGGAGCAGGAUUCCAAUUGCCGGACGUCCAGAUGAUCCAGCAGCAGCAGCAGCACUUUAAUCGGUGGGGUGGGGAUUUGGAGCUCGCAUCCAGUCCCUACUUCUUGCUCGAUGCCGCGGUGUGGGGAUCCGAUUUGGAGCUGGCCAGCCCCGGUGGAUUCGACUCGUGUAUCAUGGACUCGUCGUGGACGUCUAGUAAGGAUCAGCCGCAUUGUUGUGCCGCUCCUGCCGCUCAAGGUCUAGAGACCAUUCCAAGUCCCACGUCAAGUGCGGUGUCAAUCAGGAACUUAAGCCACCAUAGCUCGCAGCAGCAAAACUUAGUCCCUAGGCAGCAACAACAAAAUCUUCAUCACCAACAUCACCACCAUCAAGAACAACAUGACCAUCACCAAGAUCAUCAACAACAAUAUCACCUACCAGAGCAGCAGCAGCAGCAGCAGUCCUCUUUUCAGGCAAAUAACUUAUCCGAUCACCACCUGGACGUCUCGUCCUCGUCAAGCGUGAGCAGCUUGUUCAACCGGGCUAGCAUCUCCGGCGCCGACUCUGACGCCAACCAUCACCACCACCACCACCAUAACCAUCACAGUCACAGUCACAGUCACCCUCACCACCACCACCACCACCACCACCACCAUCACCGCCAGCAAGAACAACAGCCCCAGCAGCAGCAGCAGCAAAGAUCCAACUGCGGUGACGAGAGCGUCGGGAGUCCCUCGGGAGGCUCGAUUGGAUUCAACCGAAACGAGGGUGGUGGCGACGGUGGCGAUGGUAACGCCAAUCCAGGUGCUAUAGUCACCGUUUGCGACGGAGCAAACGACCUGGUUGAUGUGAGCAACAAGGUGACGUGCAGUGGCUUUCGCGGCCCAACCGAGAGGAUGAUGGACAUAAGCCUCGAAGAUCUCUCCCGCUACUUCACCAUGCCGAUCACUCAGGCGUCCAAGGAGCUCAAAGUCGGCCUCACCGUGCUCAAGAAGCGGUGCCGCGAGUUUGGGAUCCCCCGGUGGCCUCACCGCAAGCUCAAGAGCCUCGAGAGCUUGAUACACAAGAGCCAGGAGUUAGCCAAGGAUUCGGAUGGAAACGCUCCAAACCCGGUGAUCCACGCAGUUCACGAGCUGGAGAAGCAGAAGAAGAAGAUGGAGGAGAGCCCGGGGAUGGAGCUGGACGAUCGGACCAAGCGGUUCCGCCAGGCAAUCUUCAAAGCCAGCUACAAGCAGCGGCGGCGAGCGGUAGCUCCCUGUAGAAACGGUGGCAGCGGCGGUGGAAACUCUGAUUCUUCCCACAACGAUGGAUCCACCGAGCAGCAAGAGCAGCAGCAGUGAAAAAAUUCAGGGGCUCCCUUUAGUCCAAAGGUGACCAUUUUGUGACCAUUUUUUGUCUUGUUUUUUCCUCCCCUUCAAGCUAACAGCAGCAAAGCUUUGGAAUUUCGCAAGGAAGAGAGAUCAAACCACGCAGUCGAUCAUAGAGAAGAAUUUUUGUUCGCCUCUAAUUUUUAACCAAACGAGAGAGAGAGAGAGAGAGAGAGAGAGA